AUGACGAUACGAAGCUGUAGAGUCCUCUUGAUUGCUCUUGUUUCCAUGGUGAUCUCAGCCGGGGCGACGAUAGCCCAUUCCAAAGGCCAUGUAGGGAAUCAAACGCUUCAACAUGGGCCUGUGACAUACGAUGGCAGGUCACUGAUUAUCAACGGAAAGCGAGAGCUUCUGUUUUCGGGUUCAAUCCACUACACCCGAAGCACCCCAGAAAUGUGGCCUGAUCUUCUCCGAAAGGCCAAACAGGGCGGCUUGAAUGUGAUUCAGACCUAUGUGUUCUGGAACAUUCAUGAGCCUGUGCAAGGUCAGUGCAAUUUCAAAGGGAACUAUGAUUUGGUGAAGUUCAUAAAACUAGUUCAGAAGCAUGGAAUGUAUGUGACACUUAGAGUAGGGCCAUUCAUCCAAGCCGAAUGGAACCACGGAGGACUCCCAUAUUGGCUCAGAGAAGUCCCGAAUCUCCUAUUCCGUACUGACAACGCACCGUACAAGUACUACAUGAAGAAGUAUGUGACCAUGAUUGUGAAAAGGAUGAGGGAGGCGAAGCUAUUUAGUCCACAGGGAGGUCCCAUUAUAUUAGCACAAAUUGAAAACGAGUACAAUCAUAUCCAACUGGCGUAUAAAGAGAUGGGAUACAGUUACGUCCGAUGGGCAGCGAACAUGGCGGUGAAGCAGGACGCCGGAGUACCAUGGAUCAUGUGCAAGCAGAUGGACGCUCCGGAUCCGGUGAUCAAUACUUGUAACGGAAGGCAUUGUGGUGAUACUUUCCAAGGGCCUAAUAAGCCUAACAAGCCUGCUCUAUGGACCGAAAACUGGACUGCUCAAUACCGAGUAUUUGGUGACCCUCCUUCCCAGAGGCCAGUGGAAGACAUUGCAUUUUCGGUUGCUCGUUUUGUUUCGAAAAAUGGGGUUCUAACAAACUAUUACAUGUACCAUGGAGGGACUAAUUUUGGCAGAACAAGCGCCAUUUUCACGACGACUCGCUACUAUGACGAGGCUCCCGUUGACGAAUAUGGUCUGCCUAGAGACCCUAAAUGGAGUCACCUUAGGGACUUACACAAGGCUUUGAAACUAUGUAAGAAGCCUUUGCUUUGGGGAGUUUCUGGAGUCCAGAAGCUAGGCAAGGACACCGAGGCUCGUUUCUAUGAGUUGAAGGACAACUCUACAAUCUGUGCUGCCUUCUUGGCCAACAAUAACUCUAGAACUGAAGCAAUUGUUAAUUGGCGAGGUCAGGAAUACUACUUGCCGCCUCAUUCGAUUAGCAUUCUCCCCGAUUGCAGGACUGUCGUCUUCAAUACUCAAACAAUUGUGUCGCAACACAACGCGAGGAACUUUGUUAGAUCAAAGGUUGCCAAUAAUUUGAAAUGGAAGAAGUCUCAGGAACCAAUUCCAAGCAUCGUUCAAGUUCCUAUCAAUAGCAAGACACCUCUAGAGCUUUACAACUUGUUAAAAGAUGUUUCAGACUACGCAUGGUACACCACCACCCUUCGGUUGAGCAGGCGUGACUUGCCCAUGAAGGCAACUAUUAAACCAGUUCUACGAAUUGCAAAUCUCGGUCAUGCAAUGCUUGUGUUUGUUAAUGGCAAAUAUGUUGGUUCGGGACAUGGGAGCCACGACGAGAAGAGCUUCAUCUUCCAGAAAACGGUUAGCUUUACGGAGGGCGUCAACGAAAUAGGACUAUUUGCCAUGACAGUGGGGCUCCCAGACAGCGGAGCCUACAUGGAGCACAGGUACGCAGGGCCUCGAGAGAUUAUAGUUCUAGGGCUGAACACAGGAACCCUAGAUCUCUCACAAAAUGGGUGGGGACAUCAUAUUGGUCUGAACGGAGAAAAAGUAAAACUGUUCACCGAGGAGGGAUCCAAACAAGUUCAAUGGAGCAAUACAAAAGGAGCAGCUCAGGCACUAACAUGGUACAAGACAUAUUUUGAUGCUCCAGAAGGACGUGACCCGGUUGCAAUCCGAAUGACAGGCAUGGGAAAAGGAAUGAUUUGGGUAAAUGGCCAAAGUAUUGGUCGACACUGGAUGUCCUUCCUUUCUCCACUCGGGCAACCUACUCAAUCAGAAUACCAUAUCCCGAGAUCCUUCAUUAAACCUAAACAAAAUUUUCUUGUUGUAUUGGAAGAGGAGCCGAUGAAGCCUGAUGACAUUGAGAUCCUAACAGUCAACAGGGACACAAUCUGUAGCUUCAUUACUGAGUAUCAUCCACCAAACGUAAAGUCGUGGGAAAGAAAAAAUAGCCAUUUUCGACCAGUGUUGGAUGUUGUCAGAACUUCGACGGAGCUCAAGUGCCCGAACUACAAAAAGAUUGUUGCUGUUGAGUUUGCAAGCUUUGGUGAUCCAACUGGGGUAUGUGGAAGCUAUGUCUUGGGUAACUGCAACUCCCCUGUAUCCAAAGAGAUUGUAGAACAACAUUGCUUGGGAAAAUCUAGCUGCGUAGUCCCGAUUGACGACAAGCUUUUCUUUAAGAAAAAUGAUGCGUGCCCAGAUAUCAAGAAGACACUUGCUGCUCAAGUAAAGUGUGCUUAUUAG